UCUCCGCCCCUUUCUCCUCCCUGCCCCUCGCUUGCGUCUUCUCGCACGUGUUCGCGCACAUACACACACAAACACACGAUGGCCUCUCCCCACGUCCGCCAGGCUUCGGCCCUGUUUGAGCGCCUCCGCCGCUUUGCCGCGAUCAACCGGCAGGAGGUUCAGGACUGGACCAUCUUCGUCCCCGGGAAGUACCGCUUCCCCGCCCCUGGUUCCCAGGGCGCCAUCAACCAUGCCACCGGCACUCCGAAUGGUUACAAGAUCCUGCCCGACCGUCCGUCUGCCCGGAUCUCCGACAACUACUACUUCAAGCGCGACCUGCGCCGGGAGCUGGCCCAGACCCCGCCUGUUGUCUUCACUUCUUCCAGCCUGCUGGAGGGUGCCGCUGCCACCGCUGCCAUUGAGGGCGGUGCUGCGACCAAUGCCUCGACCGCCGCCGCUAGUGGUGCUACUGCUGCCGCUUCUGCCGCCCCCGUGUCCAAGAUGCCUCCCAACUGCGGGGUCUACUACAGCGCUUAGGCGCCUUGAAAAUGUGGCGCUGUCACCGCCUGUGUGGGUGAGCGCGCCAUCCCCGAGACACGUGCCGUUUGCUGUUGACCCGAAUGCCCCCCAAGAUCUUGGCAUUGUUGUCAUCUCCUCCCCACUCUCUUCCCAGCCACACAUAUGGGCGUUUGCCCUUCCCUCCUCUCGUCGCGUCAGUGUGACCCCUUUUGACGCACUGCAAUAUACUUUCAUAAUUACA